GUUAAGCGGGGCGGAGAGGGAGGGUCGCGCUUGACUUCUGCUGCUUCUCUGGCCCUUUAGGCGAAGAAGACCCUCUCUCCCUUCCCCUCCGAAUGUGGGUCCCAGUCCCGGUGGAAGGAGCCUCUCCCUACGAUGCGAGCUUCACGGAGGCCAUAAGCCACCGGAUGCGGGUCCCUCCCCGCCUGAGGGCCCCGGGCCCCGAGGAGGAGGAGGCCACCCCGGAAGAGGCCCUGCCCCCUUCUUUCCGGAUGUAUAUCCCCGAGCGGCUCUGCCUUGCAGAAAUGCUGGACAUCGUGGCCUCCAGGCCUCUCUUUGGUGCCCGGCCGCAGCAUCCCUGGUGUCUGUCUGAGGUGGAGCGACCCCUGCUAGAGCCCCUUACCCUGGGCUUCCUGCCCUGGGCCCAGAAGCGCCUGCGCCCGGGUCACCGGGGUCGGAAGGACAAGGCGGGGCCCUCCUCGGAGGUGGCUGUUGGGCCCAGGAAAGAUUGUCCCCGGGAGGUGAGCCUAGUCCUGGAGGAGUUUGGCCCCACAGAUGCCCUGGCUGUCCGGAAGCAGCUGAUGAACAUCUCAGGGCGGCUCCGGGUGCUGGAGAGGCAAAGCCUGGGCUGGCGCCAGAAGGAGCUGCUCUUCUACUCGAUCCUGGCUUCGGCCUGCAUCCUCAACGCCUGGCUCUGGCUUCGUAGGUGAAGAUGCGGAGGCCUCCUCGCCACUGUCCCUGCAGCUUCUUCCUUUAGUCCACUCACCUACCUGUUGCCUGGAUGUUUUGGGAGAUGGCGGUUUCCAGUGGCCCUAAAAGGACAGAAAGUGAGAAGAGAAGCAAGACAACUACAGCCCAGAGGGCAGGAGGAGGAGGAGAAUACUGGCUGGGACUCAGUCUGGUGGAGGCUUUUCAACAGAGGCUGGAUAGCCAUCUGUUGGGGAUGCUUUGAAUGCAAUUGUCCUGCUUCUUGGCAGGGGGUUGGACUGAAUGGCCCAUGAGGUCUCUUCCAACUCUAUGAUUCUAUAAGUGGCUGGGAAAUGCCCAGAGGUGCUUCAUCCCAUGGUAGCGACGAUGACCUUUUGCCCCAGUUGUAGGAUGGCUGCAUAAGGGGCAGGGGUCCUAGCAGGGGCGGCUCAACCCAUUACGCAAAGUAAGCAUUUGCAGUAUAGUUGAUUUUGCCCAGGGGUGCUCUUGAGGCACUCUUGGGGGAAAAUAGACCUUGACAUAUCUGAUUUGUAGUUACUGGGAUGUAUAGUUCAUCUAUAAUCAAAGAGCAUUCUGAACUCCACCAAUGAUGGAAUUGAACCAAAUAUGGCACACAGAACUCCCACGACGAACAGAAAAUAUAUAUCAGUGAUUGGUUGGGGUGAGGGUGCCAAAAUACUGUUUGCUUACCGUUGAAAACUACCUAGGGUCACCUCUGGGUCCUAGCUGGUCUUGUAUGAUGGAAAGAUCUUCUGAGACUUUUUACCAAGGAAGUAUCAUUGGAUGGACACUGUAACAGUACAAGUGGACUCCACCUACCUGGAAAUAUAUGUGUGUGUGUAUAAGGUGCAUAUGGCUUUCCAAACAGCCAUUGAUGUCGACACAAUGAAGGGAGGGGUUGGCGUGCAUUGCAAACAGCUGGAUGGAAGACUCAUCCACAACUCCCAGGUACCCUUAGUAUAACAUCCAUGCGCAGCUGCAGCAUUUGUCAUUGGUAUCUUUUAGGGAAUCUGAGCUGUUAGGCUCAAAAAUAACCCUCACUUGGGGUGAUUCCACCAUAAAUAUAGCAGAGUACCAGAAGUAAACUUCAUAACCAGCAGAAACUUACAUGUGAUGAGUUGGAAUAAACUUCUAUUCCUUAGGACGGCA